AUGGACAUAUUCACCUACAUCAACUCUUCUCUGCUCAUCAAUCAUCGCCCUCUGAACUCAUCUCAGACCGAUAAGACUGUGUUCGCCAGCUGUGCAGACAUACCAGCAGCCCUUAUCUUCUACCUGUCAUUGCAGUUUCUCAACAUGUUCCUGGGCAUCCCAGCCAAUGUAAUGGUUCUGUGGCUCAUUCAGAAGAAGAGACGCGAGUCGUCCACAUCAGACAUAUUCAUCGCCCAUCUUGCUGUGCUAGACAUGUUCUUCUGUCUUAUUCCUCCUUUGAAUUUUGCAAGCAUUGUCUAUUUCACUACCAGCAGCAACUGGUACGCCCUGCGGUUUUUCUACGGUGUCAAAGACUUUUCGCCCCUUUUCUUGUCCUGUAUCUCUUUAGACAGGUAUAUGGCUGUAAUGCAUCCCAUUAUCUUCACCAAACUAAAGGACACAUGGCAUCGGCCUGUUUCCGUUGGUGUCUCGUGGUUUUUGAUUUUGUUGCACUCUGCAGGGAAGUGUGUAGGAACCAUUCCAGACUUUGAUAGAGUUUUCACCGUCAUGAUCCUUGCCGUAUUCGUCUUCAUGGUGUUCUGUAACAUCUCCAUUCUUUGGGCUCUAAGACAGUCGGCACCAGGACGAGACAAGACACACCCUAUCAAGAAAAAGGCCUGUAAGAUGGUGGUCAUCAUUCUGAUGAUCAUUGUCUUUAGCUACUUGCCACCUGUGGCUCUCUUUCCAUUCAAAGACUAUUUUUCUCCAGACAUCUUCGAAUGCUCCGUACAAUACAUCGCCUAUGGCUUCAUGGACGUUAGUAGUAUCUCCCAGCCGAUUUUAUAUCUGUCCCAGGGAAAACUGCCCGCGGCUCUGGCGUGCUGCUGUGGUGGCGUGGAGAAUGACACUGAACGUGCUAAUGCAGAUAGUCCUGCAAAUGCCUGAUGCUGUAAAACACCAGUGACACCAGAUUAAUUAGAUCAUUAGAGAAACCUAAUAUAUGUAAAUGCAGUUUCACAAAUGUGACACAAUCUUUG